CGCCGCGACCAGGCCGCGCCCGGCGGUCGAGCCGCUCCGAGCGGCGGGAGCUUUGGCGGCUGCUCGCGGCUCAGUCUGGCCGGAGGACCGGCGGGGAAGGAAGGGGAAAGCGGGUACACACACACCGGCCGCGGCGCGCGCGCACUGCACACUCGCAGCCGCGCGCCCCCGCAGAGGCGCGUCCGGGGCGAGUUUGGCCCCGCGGCUCGGGCCCGGCACCUGCCCGCUCCCCGCGCUGCGCCCCGGCCCGGGCCCCGCCCCGCGGACCCUCCCGCCCCUCGUCUGCGCAGCUCUCCCUGCGCCCGAGGGCAGCGACUACGUCCCGAUAACUUGCAGAGUGUGGCGCAACUGGUCUCGACACCGGAGGCGCCCGAAGGCUGUCGGGGUGAGGAACCUGGGAAGGAGCACAGUCUCGGCAAUGAGUAGGCCACUCAUCACGACCAACUCCAGAUGACUUGCCGCUUCAUUUACAAAGAUGUCGUCUGCUGCUGAAAAUGGAGAUGCAGCACCUGGAAAACCAAAUGAGGAAAAAACCUAUAAAAAGACUGCGUCAUCUGCCAUCAAAGGUGCUAUUCAGCUGGGAAUAGGAUACACAGUGGGUAAUCUCACGUCCAAGCCGGAUCGAGAUGUUCUCAUGCAAGACUUUUAUGUGGUGGAAAGUGUGUUCCUACCCAGUGAAGGGAGCAAUCUGACCCCAGCACAUCACUACCCUGACUUCAGAUUUAAGACAUAUGCUCCAUUAGCAUUCCGGUAUUUCAGAGAACUUUUUGGUAUCAAGCCUGAUGAUUACUUGUAUUCCAUAUGCAGUGAACCUCUAAUAGAGCUGUCUAACCCUGGAGCCAGUGGGUCCUUGUUCUUUGUGACCAGUGAUGAUGAAUUUAUCAUCAAAACAGUUCAACAUAAAGAAGCGGAGUUCCUUCAGAAGCUACUGCCAGGCUAUUACAUGAAUUUAAACCAGAAUCCAAGGACUCUUUUGCCAAAAUUUUAUGGACUGUAUUGCAUGCAGUCUGGGGGCAUUAACAUCAGGAUUGUGGUGAUGAACAACGUCUUACCACGCGCCAUGCGAAUGCACUUUACAUAUGACUUGAAAGGCUCGACCUAUAAGCGAAGAGCAUCCCGAAAAGAGAGAGAAAAAUCCAACCCCACGUUUAAGGACUUAGAUUUCCUGCAAGACAUGCAUGAAGGGUUGUAUUUUGAUACAGAAACAUACAAUGCACUCAUGAAAACGCUUCAGAGAGACUGCCGGGUGCUGGAAAGCUUCAAGAUCAUGGACUAUAGUCUUUUGCUGGGAAUCCACAUCUUGGACCAUUCCCUCAAAGAGAAAGAAGAGGAAACUUCACAAAAUGUGCCUGAUGCUAAACGUCCUGGGAUGCAGAAAGUCCUCUACUCAACAGCGAUGGAAUCCAUCCAGGGUCCAGGGAAAUCUGGAGAUGGGAUCAUCACAGAGAACCCGGACACAAUGGGAGGCAUUCCAGCAAAAAGCCAUAGGGGAGAGAAACUACUUUUAUUUAUGGGCAUUAUUGACAUCCUGCAAUCAUAUAGGUUAGUGAAAAAGUUAGAACAUUCCUGGAAAGCUCUUGUUUACGACGGGGACACUGUUUCAGUUCAUAGACCAAGCUUUUAUGCAGACAGAUUUCUAAAGUUUAUGAAUUCCAGAGUUUUCAAGAAAAUUCAAGCUUUGAAGGCCUCACCUUCUAAAAAACGUUGCAAUUCCAUCGCUGCCCUGAAGGCAACGUCCCAGGAGAUUGUGUCCUCUAUUAGCCAGGAAUGGAAGGACGAGAAGCAUGAUUUGCUGACCGAAGGGCAAAGUUUUAGCAGCCUUGAUGAAGAAGCGCUGGGAUCCCGACACAGGCCAGACCUAGUGCCUAGCACUCCAUCGCUGUUUGAGGCUGCUUCCUUGGCAACCACAAUUUCAUCUUCUUCCUUAUACGUCAAUGAACAUUAUCCACACGACAGGACUGCGCUUUAUUCAAACAGUAAAGGGUUACCUUCCAGUUCAACCUUUACCUUGGAAGAGGGGACCAUCUACCUGACUUCUGAACCAAACACUCUGGAAAUUGAGGAGGAUAACGCCUCCGUGCUUGAUGUCUACUUAUAAGUGAAAAUGAUGACCACCUAAGCAGAUGGAUGAGACAUGAACAGUUGUGGAAGAGAAGUUUCUCCACUCCAGAAUUACCCAAAAGAACCUGACUGAGCCCCACUACACACAGUCAUUAUCAGCUGGACUUGGGAGUUUGCAAGAUGUCAGGGGACGCUUGGUCAAGAGGCGGAUCAGCAGAUGUGAUGUGAAAAAUACCAAUUCUUCUACCAUUUGCUGUUGCUUGCCGAACUGUGAAGAACUGCAUGAACUCUAUUUAAGCUGCUUUCUACACCAUUGCCAAUCACCUUUUUGGACUUGGAAGUGCUAUUUUCCUAUUGACACUUACAUUGUUUCAUUUUGCAUGCAUCCAGUGAUUAUAUAUAAACAACAUAUGUAAUCUGCUUAUAUAUUUUUUAAAAAUCCACUCAUGCAAAAUGGCAAAUAAAUUGUUCUUUUUUGCAAAGUUAUAAUCAUAGCCCAUGUCAUUAAGUUUAAAUUGGUUUCAUAUAAAGAUCAGUGUAACAGACCUGUAUACACUUUAUAGAAUACUAGCUUCUAUAAAGAUUUUUUCACUAUUUACUAGUGAAAUGAGAAAAGCAAAGCUAUUUAUAAAAGGCCUUAUGUCGUGUACAUACAUUGUCUUUGAAAUAUUUGUGAUUUAGUUUAUUGCUUGUAAAAGAGAAAUUAUAUAAUUUAUUUAGUAAAUACUAUUGUAAACUAUAGUUUUAUUGAGAGAAAUAAAAUAUUUUGUUCUCA